AUGACGCGGCUGGUCAAGGUCGCCCGCCAGCUCUCGAAACCACUCGCCCUCCAGACACCAGCACCGACACCGACACCGAUACCGACACCGGCACCGGCACCGACACGGCCGUCGUCGGCUCGUCUGCGUGACCAUGCCCCUCGGGCCCGGCACCCCUUCUCGUCGAGGGCCGGCGCGGCGUCGAACCCGGCCAUGGCGUUCCCCUGCCUAGACGCGCUGGAAAGCCGCUCGGCCAGCCUGCAGUCGAGGCUGGGGUCGGCGUCGGCGUCGGCGUCGUCGGGCCCCGAGCCGUCGUACACGUCGGGCGCGACCGAGGUGUACCGCUGCAAGGAGCCGCUGCUCCUGGACUGGGGCGGCAUCCUGCCCGAGUUCGACAUCGCGUACGAGACGUGGGGCGAGCUCAACGCCGACGGCAGCAACGCGAUCCUGCUGCACACGGGGCUCUCGGCGUCGUCGCACGCGCGGUCGACCCGCGCCAACGCGCAGCCCGGGUGGUGGGAGCGCUUCAUCGGGCCCGGGGCGCCGCUCGACACGGACCGCUUCCACGUGGUGUGCACCAACGUGCUGGGCGGGUGCCACGGGUCCACGGGCCCGAGCAGCGUCGACCCGGGCAACGGGGAGCGCUACGCCACGCGCUUCCCCGUCCUGACGGUGCAGGACAUGGUGCGCGCCCAGUUCCGCCUGCUGCGGCACCUGGGCGUCGGGCCGCUGCACGCCGCCGUGGGCAGCUCCAUGGGCGGCAUGCAGGCCCUCGCGGCGGGCGCCCUGUUCCCCUCGCGCGUGCGCCGCGUCGUCAGCGUCUCGGGCUGCGCGCGCUCCCACCCCUACGGCAUCGCCAUGCGCCACACCCAGCGCCAGGUGCUGAUGAUGGACCCCCUCUGGAACCGGGGCUUCUACUACGACGCCGUGCCCCCGCACGCCGGCAUGAAGCUGGCCCGCGAGAUCGCCACCGUCACCUACCGCUCCGGGCCCGAGUGGGACCGCCGCUUCGGCCGCCGCCGCGCCGACCCGGCCAAGCCGCCCGCCCUGUGCCCCGACUUUCUCGUCGAGACGUACCUCGACCACGCCGGCGACAAGUGGUGCCUCGGCUACGACCCCAACUCGCUGCUCUACGUCAGCAAGGCCAUGGACUUGUUCGACCUGGGCGCCCAGGCCCAGGCCGCCACCGCCGCCCGCCGCGCCGCCCGCCGCGCCGAGCUCGCCGCCGGCCAAGGCCGCGCGCCCGCCCCGGAGUGCAGCCUGACCCUGCCCGCCUCGCCGUACCAGGAGCAGCCGCAGGACGCUGCCGAAGCCGACGCCGACGCCGCCGACCUGGCCGAGGGCCUGUCCGCCCUGCGCGGCAUCCCCACCCUCGUCAUGGGCGUCGCCAGCGACAUCCUCUUCCCGGCCUGGCAGCAGCGCGAGAUUGCCGACGCCCUGCGCGCCGGGGGCAACGCCCGCGUCACCCACGUCGAGCUGACCGAGCAGAUGAGCCUGUUUGGCCACGACACCUUCCUGCUCGACCUGGAGAACGUGGGCGGCAGCAUCCGGCGCUUCCUGCAGUGA